GUAAUUUCACUCAGCCUUGUAAUCUUACUUAAAAAAUCUUUUCUAUUUGGAAUCAGGGUGCACACAUUGGUCUGUAUUUUAUAAACAGACCUGAGUGGAUUAUAGUUGAGCAUGCUUGUGCUUCACAUUCAUACGUAUCUGUGCCAUUUUAUGACACUCUUGGUAUGUUCACAACCCAGAAUGACCAUAGGCUUCCUGUUCAUUCUUGAUUCAUCUAGUGACAAUGUGAAACUGGAUCCUCUGGUUCAGAUCAAACUGAUAUGGGACAAUGUUUGUAUCAGUGGGCCUCUAUGCAAAAGUCAGCAAAUGGGAAAGGCUAGUCCUCAACCUUUUCGUCCUCCAAAAGCUGAAGAUGUUGAUACUAUCUGUUACACUAGUGGCACUACUGGCACGCCAAAGGGAGCUGUUAUUUCUCAUGAGAACUUAAUUGCAAAUGUAGCAGGGUCAAACCUGAACAUUAAGUUUUACCCCUCCGACGUGUAUAUCUCAUAUCUACCUUUGGCUCACAUCUACGAGAGGGUUAACCAGGUUGCAUUGCUGCACUGUGGUGUUGCGGUUGGAUUCUACCAAGGGGAUAAUUUGAAGCUAAUGGACGAUUUGGCUGUUUUGAGACCGACAGUAUUCGCAAGUGUUCCCCGGUUGUAUAACAGAAUUUAUGCCGCAAUUAAUAAUGCUGUGAAGGAGUCUGGUGGGCUGAAAGAAAAAUUGUUUCAUUCUGCAUACAAUGCCAAGAGGCAAGCGAUCAUUAAAGUUUGGAAGCUAGAAUAUGGUGCAGUCGACCAUUUGGGUUUGGCUGUGCAAAUGGCUGUACUGAUUGAAGCUAUUCUCCAGCAUCCCUCCCUCAAAGUUGAGAUGGAUGUACUAGCCCAAUUUGAGCAACUAUACAUGGAGUUCCUACAAUUGAAAAAGACAAAUCCUGUGAAAUAUCAGAGUAUAGUUGCAGCAAUACCUUAUCGUGAAAUCAAUGAGUUCCAUUGGAAAUGUGAAGCCCAGGACAACGAAUACCUUGAUGAAGUCUUGUCUUACCUAAAGAACAUGAAUGUAGAUUUACCGGUUUGCGGUACUGUUGAGUUGGUUCAAUGUGCUAGGGCUUUGAAAGCUGAUAACACUCUCUGGAAAUUUGUGCAUGCGAAGCGUAGGGAACUUGUUGUUGGAUGGGUCAUACCUGAUGAGCUGUUGCCAGAUAGAGGAACAGAUCGUGCAGUCUUCUUUCAGGUUUGCCUUAAGGAUCUGCAAGUAAAAUAUGGAGAUGGUGGAGGGGAUUUGGUAGAGAAUAUAAGAAACAAUGGCCAACAUUUGGUAGAGGAGAACGCUUUGAAGGAACUUGAUCCUCCAGCGUCUGGGUAUACUGUCCUUUUUAAGUACUUUCAGGUCAUGCACAUUUUUGGCCACCACUACCCAAGAGUAUUUUGUCAGUUCUUCUUGGGUAUGCAUGCACAAGGGUGUGUUCCAAGCUCCUCCAGCAAGAAUCUAAGUCACAUAAUAAAACAAUAUCAGUGAACGAGACUGAUCUUCUACAAGCAACAAUUGUUUGUGAAGAGAAGUUUUUCUUAUCCUGGAUCAGCACCCUUUUUUUUUUCCUUUGCAGACGUAGUAGAAGUAAAAUACCACCUCCUGUUGACUGUUGAAUGCUUAUUGUUGAGCUGCUGGGAAUCAGUGGUGGAGGUGCUUGAUCCUGCAGUACUAGAACAGCGGUGGAGGAACUUGCAAUUGAACUCCAGUAGCAGAACAGCAGAUUCUUCCCUGACCAAAUGACCAGAUCCUUGAAAACAACCGUCAAGAUGGCGUGCAAUGUCAAGUCCAAUGUGCUCACACAGUUUGACCAACGCUUCAGCAUU